GGCACUGGCUUCAGCACUUCCUCCACCACUGUUUACAUCUGAUGAAGACAAAUGGCGACCGCAACUUUUCUGGUAGCCCUAUGUUGUUUCCAGGUUGCUUCAGGAGUGAUCCACACUCAUCAGUAUUACUUUACUGCCACGUCUGGCAUCCCAAACUUCCCAGAGUUUGUAGUUGUUGGUGUUGUGGAUGGCCAACAGUUUGGCCAAUAUGACAGCUUCACCAAGAGAAUGGUCCCAAAAGAGUGGCUGGCUAAUGAAGGAGACUCUGAUCACUGGAACAGUGAAACGGAAAAUGCAGCUGGAGCUGAGGCUGUAUUUAAAGUCGACAUACGUGAUCUAACAUCUCGCUUCAACCAGACUGAAGGUGUGCACACGUGGCAGAGGAUGUUUGGCUGUCAGUGGGAUGAUGAGAGUGAUGCUGUUGAAACAUUUGAUCAGUAUGGUUAUGAUGGAGAAGACUUUAUCUCACUGGAUCUGAAGAACCUGAGAUACAUCGCAUCAAAUCAACAGGCUGUCCUAACAAAAAACAAGUGGGACAAUGACAGGUCUGAUCUUGACAGGUGGAAGCAUUACUACUUCCAGCGCUGCGUUGAGUUGCUGAAGAUGUACGUGCAGUAUGGGAGCAGCGCUCUGGGGAGAACAGUCUCCCCUGAGGUCACCCUCUUCCAAAAGGACUCGGGAGUGGUGUGCCAUUCCACAGGUUUCUAUCCUGACGGAGUGGUGAUCACCUGGAAGAGGGAUGGAGAGGACCUGCAUGAAGACGUUAAUAUGGGGGAGACGCUGCCCAAUGAGGAUGGAACCUUCCAGAAGAGAGCUGAGCUUACAGUGUCACCUGAGGAGAGGAAGAAGGGACACUUCACCUGUGAGGUGGAACACAGAAGCGGAAAGCCCAUUGUUAAGACCUUGAUUGUGGAAGAUGGCAAGAACCUUGUUGGCAUCAUCAUUGGCUGUGUCAUCGUGAUCGGUGUGGUUGUUGCCAUUGUCAUAAUGAAGAAGAAAGGCUACAACAAGGCAUCACGUCAUAUUAAUCUUCCAAAACGAAAGACACGCUUAUCCAGGUCCACGAAAGGAUAUUCUGCUGUAUUGCUGGUUCCAAAAUGUUCCAGCAGUUUCAACAGCCAAAGACUUUCUUUACUUCCUCUGAUGAAACUCCAAAGAAAGUGUAACCAUUCUCAAACCAGCAUGAGAGUUGUACAGAAGAAAGAGUGGAAGAAGAUCAUAUUAUUCAUGCUGAUGUAUUUCAGGGUAACUUUGUUUCUGUCUAAAGGAGGAUCAUGCGCUACAAAAUGGAAUUAUAUGUUAUGUAAUUUAGGUUCAUGUAUUUGUCUCUAUUUGAUCUCUUUCAUAAUUCCUAAAAUGGAUAGCUUUAUUAGCAUAAUCAAAUGUAAACUGCAACAGUCCUAUCUUUCUGAGAGUUUUAAUGAUGCCAUUAAACAGAAACUAACAUGUUGCAGUAUCUGAAUAGGUUUAUCACAAAGAACACAUUUUCCUAAUGAUUUUAGAUGUUCCUUGAUCGUUCCGCUCAUUUCUGCCUGCUUCAUCCUCAAUUCACUUUUUAAUACAGUUUUCUCCUCAUUCUGAAAGUUGUCACUCAAAUAUCAAAGGUCCAUACUAACUCAGCAAAGGCAUAUGCAUAUUCCCUUAACACUUCUGUUUCAGUUUCAGCACAUUCCCUUAACACUUCUGUUUCAGUUUCAGCACAUUCCCUUCCCUUAACACUUCUGUUUCAGUUUCAGCAUGGUAAGACACAACAAACACUUGCCACUUGCACGGUGCCUUUUUUAAGUAGCCGCACGCUAGCAAUACUAAUAGUUGGUUUGCCAUUUAAAAAGGGAUAGUGUCAUUUAUAAAUGCAGUGUUUCAUUGUUCAAGAGAUAUGAGGUAUUUUCAGAAAAUGUGUAAGUAGUAAAUGUGUAUGACCCCUGUGAACAUCCCAGGAGCUGUCAAUGUAACAACUUUACUAAGAAGGUGGCAAGCCAAGAUAGGGUAUAGUCUUUAUCUUCACCUUUAGUGGUCUGAGUAAGUGGAUGGUAAAGUUUUGAGACUUUUAUUGUCAUUGCCAUUAUUGCCAUGAUUCUGUAUUUUGACUUGUCAAAGUUACGGUGGAUCCUACUGCCUGUUGUAUACAGUAUAUUUCAGGAGCUGAGAAUGUUGAGACUAUUAUUUUACAAAAUGCCAUCAACUCAUUCUUCUGUGUAUAAUUUCCCCUUUUGUAAUCCAUAAAAUAUAUUAAUACAGACAAAGCUUCAAGCUAAAGAAA